AGCGGCGACCGCUCGGCUGGUUGAACGUGCCACCGCGCGGCGACGAGCGCUUCCAGCUCAUCGGCCAGCUCCCACAGGCCAGCCUCAGCGUGCAAGAACGUGCCACGUAAGAGAGCAGCAGCUCAGGGCAGCACAUGCGACCCCCUCUGCUCGGGCCCUGGCACGUUCUCUCUCUUCAGCAGGGUGCAGGUGCAGCACGGAUGAGGAGAGCCACCAGGUGCAGAAGCGGCCAACGCCCGCCGCCGUUGAGUGCCACUUCUUCACAAAGAGAUCGCCUGCAACUCCUAUCCCCGCAAGAGGAACUCGCGCCAUCGCCAUCAUCGCCCCUAUCGCUGCGCCCGGCAGAGACAGGAGAUGUCAGGUACGAGCAGCAAGGCACCCGCGGAACCCACGAUCUCGACGCUCUCCUUGGCGGCCCACUUCGAGCGCCCUCAUGGUGAUGUGACCUCAGCCCUCGAGAGCUGUGCAGCCGCGCAGAGCCAGCACGCAGUGAGAAGGCAAGAGGUGUGUGAGGGGGCGCA